AUGCAGCGCAGACACACCACCCUGCGGGAGAAGGGGCGGCGGCAGGCCAUCCGUGGCCCCGCCUACAUGUUCAAUGAGAAAGGCACCAGCCUCACAGCAGAGGAGGAGCGCUUCCUGGACUCGGCCGAGUAUGGCAACAUCCCCGUGGUCCGGAAGAUGCUGGAGGAGUCCAAGACGCUCAACUUCAACUGCGUCGAUUACAUGGGGCAGAACGCCCUGCAGCUGGCUGUGGGCAACGAACACCUGGAGGUGACUGAGCUGUUGCUGAAGAAAGAGAACCUGGCCCGGGUGGGUGAUGCCCUCCUGCUGGCCAUCAGCAAGGGCUACGUGAGGAUCGUCGAAGCCAUCCUGAACCACCCGGCGUUCUCCCAAGGUCAGCGGCUCACCCUCAGCCCCCUGGAGCAGGAGCUCCGGGAUGACGACUUCUAUGCCUACGACGAAGACGGCACCCGCUUCUCGCACGACAUCACUCCCAUCAUUCUGGCCGCCCACUGCCAAGAGUAUGAGAUCGUGCACAUUCUCCUCCUGAAGGGAGCACGGAUAGAAAGGCCCCACGACUACUUCUGCAAGUGCGGGGAGUGCACUGAGAAGCAGAGAAAGGACUCAUUCAGCCACUCCCGGUCCAGGAUGAAUGCCUACAAGGGCUUAGCCAGUGCUGCAUACCUGUCCCUAUCCAGCGAAGAUCCUGUCCUCACUGCCCUGGAGCUGAGCAAUGAAUUGGCCAGGUUGGCCAACAUCGAAACCGAGUUCAAGAAUGACUACCGGAAGCUCUCUAUGCAAUGCAAGGACUUUGUGGUGGGCGUCCUGGACCUGUGUAGAGACACGGAAGAAGUGGAAGCCAUUUUGAACGGCGAUGUGAACAUACAAGUCUGGGCCGAUCACCACCGCCCGAGCCUGAGUCGCAUCAAGUUGGCCAUCAAGUACGAGGUCAAAAAGUUUGUGGCUCACCCCAACUGCCAACAGCAAUUGCUGACCCUGUGGUAUGAAAAUCUGUCAGGCUUACGGCAACAGUCCAUCGCUGUGAAAUUCUUGGCUGUUUUUGGAGUUUCGAUAGGCCUUCCCUUCCUUGCCAUCGCAUACUGGAUUGCCCCCUGCAGCAAGCUAGGCCGGACUCUCAGAAGCCCGUUCAUGAAGUUUGUGGCCCACGCAGUUUCUUUUACCAUCUUCCUGGGCCUCCUGGUGCUGAACGCAUCAGACCGAUUUGAAGGCGUCAAAAACCUGCCCAACGAGACUAUCACCGACUACCCCAAGCAGAUCUUUCGCGUAAAAACCACCCAGUUCUCAUGGACCGAGAUGCUCAUCAUGAAGUGGGUUUUAGGUAUGAUCUGGUCCGAGUGCAAGGAGAUCUGGGAGGAAGGACCUCGGGAAUACGUCAUGCACCUGUGGAACCUUCUCGAUUUUGGGAUGCUCUCGAUCUUCGUGGCUUCGUUCACCGCUCGCUUUAUGGCUUUUCUCAAAGCGAGUGAAGCCCAGCUGUAUGUUGAUCAACACGUCCAUGGAGACAACCUCAAUAAUGCCUCACUGCCCCCAGAAGUGGCUUAUUUCACCUACGCCAGGAACAAGUGGUUACCCUCUGACCCUCAAAUCAUAUCAGAAGGACUAUAUGCCAUAGCUGUGGUACUCAGCUUCUCCCGCAUUGCUUACAUUCUUCCAGCCAACGAGAGCUUUGGACCUCUGCAAAUUUCUUUGGGAAGAACGGUGAAGGAUAUCUUCAAGUUCAUGGUCAUUUUUAUCAUGGUGUUUGUUGCCUUCAUGAUUGGGAUGUUCAACCUGUAUUCCUACUACCUUGGUGCAAAAUACAACCCGGCAUUCACAACGGUAGAAGAGAGCUUUAAAACCUUAUUCUGGUCAAUAUUUGGCUUGUCUGAAGUGAUAUCAGUGGUGCUGAAGUAUGAUCACAAGUUCAUUGAGAAUAUCGGCUACGUCCUCUACGGUGUUUAUAAUGUUACCAUGGUGGUUGUGCUUCUCAAUAUGUUAAUAGCCAUGAUCAACAACUCCUAUCAGGAAAUUGAGGAGGAUGCAGAUGUGGAAUGGAAGUUUGCACGAGCCAAGCUCUGGUUAUCCUAUUUUGAUGAAGGAAGGACGCUGCCAGCUCCCUUCAAUCUAGUGCCAAGUCCCAAGUCAUUUUAUUAUCUCACAAUGAGAAUCAAAAUGUGCCUCAUACAACUCUGCAAAUCUAAGGCCAAAAGCUGUGAAAAUGACCUGGAAAUGGGCAUGCUGAACUCCAAACUUAGGAAGUCUCGUUAUCAGGCCAGUGCCCGAAAUUCUGAAAACUUUACCGUGAAAAACACUUUCAGCAAGCCCACAAGAUACCAGAAAAUCAUGAAGCGGCUUAUCAAAAGAUACGUCCUGAAGGCCCAGGUGGAUAGAGAGAAUGACGAAGUCAAUGAAGGGGAGCUGAAGGAGAUCAAGCAGGAUAUCUCCAGUCUCCGCUACGAGCUUCUGGAGGAAAAGUCCCAGGCGACUGGGGAGUUGGCCGGCCUGAUCCAGCAGCUCAGCGACAAAUUUGGGAAAAAUUUGAACAGAGAGCACUUUGCAAUGAAUAAGACCAAGGACGACUGA